CUAAAUUGAUCAAUUCCAUCAUCACCACUUUCACAAAGCAACACACUACAAUAUUUACAUUCUCUCUUCAGUUCUUUUCACUACUCUUAAUUCAACAAACAACAAUGGCCACUGCUGAGUUGAAGAGAAAAUCCUUCAUUGAGGUUGAUCACUCGGUUCCAGUCCCCGAAACUGUUCACAACGAGAAAGUGAUCGCCACCCACGAGAAAAAGGAGGUGGAGGAGCCGAAAGCCGACGAGGCAGCCGCAGAGGAGGUGUCGGAAGUCACCGAGGUGGCGGCCGAGGAGGUGACUUCACAAGAAGAAGUUGCACCGGUGGAGGAAGCAGCUGCUCCGGAGUCUGAGCAAUCCGAGACUGAGAAAGUUGCGGCUGAAGAAGCAGCUGUUCCGGAAGCUGAGCUGGCGGCGGCAGAAGAAGCCGAGCCCGAGAAUGUUGAAGCUGAAGAGGCAGGCGUCGAAACCCUGACUGAGGAGGUUUCGGAGCUUGUAGUGGAAAAAUCGGAGCCGGCAGCUGUUGAGGAGGCUAAAGAAGAAGUCAAGGAGGAGACGGUGGCUGCAGCUACUGUAGAGGAAACUGUGGAGGUGGCAGCGGCGGCGGAGGCAGAAGAGGCUGCUCCGGUUGAAGCGGUGGAGGAAUCAGCUGCGGAAAUGAAGGAUGAGAAAACAAAGGAGUGAAGAGUAUGUGGAAGUUGUUUUGAUAAUUUAUUUUAUUUUAUAUUUUAUGUUUUUAAUUUGCACUAGUUUAUAAAAUGGUAUUUCUAUAAUGAGGGAGUUUAUCUUAGCUUCCCUUGUGUCUGGUGUAAUGUGAUCUUUGGUCUGAAAUGAAUAAAAAAUAAGUUAUAUUGCUAA